AUGGCUACGAGACUGGAGGCCGCCAGCAAUGUGCAACAUGGCCAUAUCGAUGAUAGCGUCGUUCCCGGCACUGUGCACAUGGUCGACCUCGAUCACAACAUGGCGGCCAAGCACUCUCGAGCGCGCAAGGAUGUUGUAUUAGUACCAACGCCUUCAGACGAUCCAAAUGAUCCUCUCAACUGGAGCCCACGCCGCAAGUUGAUGUCGUUGAUCUGUAUGUGCGUGUAUGUCUGGUUUACCGGCAUUGCCAACUCCGUCGUCUACUCUGUCCUCGUCCCGUUGUCCGAAGCUCUUGACCUCUCAGUAGGCGAUCUUAAUGCUGGCACAGGGUAUCUGUUCCUUCUCGCGGGCUGGGGCCUCCUUUUCUGGCAACCAUUCGCCUUACAGUACGGCAAGCGAACGACAUACUUGAUCUCAACCGCAGCCACCCUCGCAUUUACCAUGUGGGGACCGUACGCUAGAGGUAACGGACAAUGGAUAGCGAAGAACGUAUUGGGCGGCUUCUUCGCCGCGCCCAUUGAGGCUUUGCCAGAGAUCUCAGUAUCUGAUGUCUUCUUCGCUCACGAACGUGGAACCUAUAUGGGCGUAUAUGCUUUCGUGCUUGCCGGAUCGAACUUCUUCGCACCCGUGAUUUGCGGGUUCAUCAACGAGUAUGCGGGUUACAAGUGGGUGUUCUACUACCCUUCAAUCUUCUGCGCUGCGUCGCUAGUCUUUCUCUUCUUCUUCAUGGAAGAGACCAACUUCGACCGUACUCACGUUGGUGUGAUCGACAAGGCGUCACCCAUAUCCGUUCAGCCAACGGAAAGCCUCAGCAGUGAUGAUAAGCUCGCCCUUCAGGCGACAAGCCCGGAUUCUGGCUCGGUCGAGGCAGGCACAACAAGUUACUCCGAGAAGAGCUUCCUGCAAAAGCUCUCAUUAUUCGACAAGCCUCGCAAGCAGCGAAUGCCGUACCGUAUCUGGCUGUCCUUCAAACUGAUUACCUGGCCUGUCAUCUUCUACGCAGGCUUCUCGUAUGGCUCGUACUUGAUCUGGUUCAACGUUCUGAACGCCACGGCUUCCGUCAUCCUCGGCGGUGCGCCUUACAACUUCUCCUCCAGUAUGGUCGGCCUAUCCUACGUCUCAUGCCUGCUCGGAGUAAUUGCAGCGGCCCUCUACACAGGCUACCUGUCCGACUGGAUGGUGCUCAAGCUUGCACGACGCAACAAGGGCAUCUUCGAGCCGGAGCAGAGGUUGUGGGGCUUCCUUCUCCCUAUGAUCGUGCUGCCUGCCAGCUUGCUGCUCUGGGGAGUUGGCGCUGCCCACAAGGUGCACUGGUUCGGCCUUAUCGUCGCCAUGCUGGGAACCUCCUUCUGCAAUACGAGCGGUAUCACAUUGAGCGUCAAUUACAUGAUCGACUCUUACCGAGAUAUCAGCAGCGAUGGCAUUACGAGCCUCAUCAUCAUCCGCAAUACUAUGUCGUUCGCCAUUGGCUACGGCAUCACUCCUUGGCUCGAAAACCUUGGGUACCAGAAUUGCUUCAUAAGUGCAGCCUUUGUUGGACUGGCAGCGAGCGCUGUCUUCUUACUCAUGACGUGGAAAGGCAAGGCUCUACGGGAGAUGAACAGAACUAAGUACUGGGAUCUGGUGAGACGACAUGUCGAUAUGGGCAUGGUACAUUAA